AUGACCAUGAGAGGCGGGGCGAAGCUGCUAGGGGCGCUGCUGCUGAUGCUGCUCUGCGUGUCCGCGCACUUCCAGGGCGCCUGGAGCGCCGGCGGAGGCGGUGGGAGAGGAGGAGGCGGUGGCGGUGGCGGUGGCGGCGGAAGGGGCGCCGGUGGUGGGUCGAGAAGCGUCAGGACAGGUACCGGCUCUGUCCGUCCUGGUACGGGUGCGGCGGCCACACAAGGAAACUACGCGACGCGGUCGCCAGGGCAGAGCGCCGCAGGCGACCCGCAUGGUCGCAGCGUCUGGAUCACGGCCGGUGCCGCCGCCGGCGUUGCGGCCGCUGCGCUCGUGUGGCGCUGA